AUGGCCGGAGGUCGAUUUCGCGAGCUACUAAAAAAGUACGGUAAAGUGGCGCUAGUUGUACACUGUUCCGUCUCAGCCGCCAGCAUUACCGGAUUGUACGUCGCCAUAAAGAACAAUAUCGACGUCGAAUCAGCUAUGGAAAAAGUUCGUUUCAAGCAACUUGAAUCCGUUCUCGAAAAAUUCGGCAUGAGCGGUCCAAAGGAAGUAGAAGUAGACACUGCUACAGGGUUUCCACAAUCAAAUCAGGAAUCAAUCGAUGAGGCGACGAAGCCGAGGAAUCGGACGGCUGAGCUCGCGGCGUCGAGCGGCGGAGCAUUGGCGUUAGCGGUUCUUUGUAAUAAGGCUCUGUUUCCGUUCGAUCCCCCGAUUGGAUCGGGGGCAAACGCCUACGAAAAGAUCGCUUGGAUUUAA